AAACCUGCACAAAAAGCUUUAAAAGAAAUUAAAACCAUUUUUAAGAACAUUUAAGGCAUAAAAUCAGAUGUCAUGAUGAGCUCUCACUCUUGUCUCUGUGGUUUGUCAUGUGUUCAUCAGUCUGGCGAUUGGUUCGAUCCACGGUCACUCUGCGGCGGUCGGGGAGCUGAGCAUUGUGUGGAUUGACACCCACGCCGACAUCAACACACCGCUGACCUCGUCCACCGGAAACCUCCACGGGCAGCCCAUGUCUUUCCUGCUCCACGAGCUGCAGUCAAAGAUUUCUGACUUGCCAAACUUCUCCUGGAUCAAGUCGUGUGUGUGGGCCAGAGAUCUCGUCUACAUCGGUCUGAGGGACGUGGAUCCAGGGGAGCAUUACAUCCUGAAGCUGCUGGGUGUGAAGGUGUUUUCCAUGACAGAGGUGGAUCAACUCGGUAUAGGCAGAGUCAUGGAGGAGACGUGUGACUACAUCUCUGCCAAGAAGAAACCGAUCCACCUGAGCUACGAUGUCGAUGCCAUCGACCCCUCUGUUACCCCGGCAACCGGGACACCUGUAGCCGGAGGGCUGACCUACAGAGAUGGCGCCUAAAACACUGAACAAAUCUGUCAGACUGGUACGACUCAAAACACCAACAAACAC